AAUAUUUGAUGCAAAAGAAGGGAAGGGGGUCGGGUGGAGGGUCGUGAAACGAGUGGGGAGGUUUCGCAUAAGGAGGGCAUCCUUGCAUGCAGUAAAUCCGGGGAAAUAAUUAAAAGGAAAGCGAGACGGGGAGGGGCGGGAAAAGGAGGCAGAGAAACCAAGGCGGUUUCCCCCCCUUCUUCUUCUUCCUCCCCCCGCCCCAGUUUGGAUGGGCGGCCUAAGCAGAGGAGGAGGAGGAGGAGGAGGAGGAGGCGGUGGCUGGAGGUGCAAACGGGGCCUGUGCGUGGAACGGCGAAGCUUUGUCGCUGCUCGGGAGCGGGGCUGAGCUGGGGCAGGAUUGCGCCCUCGUCUCCUCCUCCCACCCCCUUCGGCGGCGGCGGCGGCGGCGGCGGCGCUAGAGAGAAGUUGCAUUGCUCCUUUGGCCUAAGGCGAGGGCUCUGCUUUCCCUCCGCCGGGUUAGCUUUCCCUGCAAAAAAAAAAAAGAGCGGGAGGGGAGGGGGCGCACUAGAUUUUAGCGCAACGGAGACCGAAUUAGAAUCUGGAUUAUCUGAAUAAUGCGCUGAAGAGGCAUGGGUGGCGCGGAUCUCCUCGGGCAGCCCGGGCCGGCGCGGUCGAGGAAGAGCGGCCGGAAGACGGAUUUGGGAGGCUGGCGUGAACAUUGUGCCUUCGGAGGACGUUGACGCGGGGAAAGAAGAGACCCGACUCCGCCGAGGGCGAGAGAUUUUAUCUUCUUUUCAAAAUCGCGUUGGGAGUGUUUGUUCCCCUCCUCGUUUUGUUUAGUUUUUUUCCUUCCCGAGAGGAGUGCGGGCCGCUGUGCGCUCUUGGCAUUUGCAGGGCCAGGUUCUUCUCCCACUCUAAGCCAACCUGCCUUGACAGCUGGAAUUCCUCCCCCACCGACCCUCCCCCCAACACGGAUCUUUGACAACCUCGUUUGAAUCGAGGUAGAUUCGAAUCCAGGAGCUGUCGCCGCUAGUCGCAAACCGGCUCAUCAACCUGCUCCAGGACAGACUCCGUUUUCCUUCUCAACCCCACCUCCGGGUGCCCCCCCUCUCCUUUUCCCUUCUACUGUUCCCCACCCUCCGGUUUUGUCCUGGAAAACUGGGAUGUUAAUCUACUUCGGUUCCGCGUUUGCUUUGGAUUGCUUAUGGCGGCCUGGGAAGCAGAUGAACCCAAUUGAGCCCUUGUCAAUUUCAACUCGUGGCUUUUAAGUAUCUCUCCCCCCUUUUUUAAAAAAAGUAGAUAAAUAUUUAUACAAAGAACAAAAACUCGCCUCUGUUUGUUUGUGUUAGGGAAUUUUUCCCCCCUUCCCCCUUCCACAAUUCCUUCCCGUUUUAAAAUACUGGACAAAAAGUUGGAAGAAAUAGGCCUAGUUUUUUUUUGGUCUUUUCUCUUUGGAAUCCUCAUCUUUUUUUUUCCUGGAUAGACAACACCAUGUCUACUAAAGAUAAUCCCUGCAGGAAAUUUCAAGCUAACAUUUUUAACAAGAGCAAAUGCCAGAAUUGUUUUAAACCUCGAGAGUCGCACUUACUCAAUGACGAGGAUUUAAAUCAGGCCAAGCCUAUCUAUGGGGGAUGGCUUUUGUUGACUCCAGAGGGCACCGAUUUUGACAACCCUGUGCAUCGCUCUCGGAAAUGGCAGCGCCGGUUCUUCAUCCUUUAUGAACACGGCCUCCUUCGCUAUGCUUUGGAUGAGAUGCCCACCACCUUGCCGCAGGGAACCAUCAACAUGAACCAGUGUACGGACGUUGUAGACGGGGAAAGCCGGACCGGGCAGAAGUUCUCCCUCUGUAUCUUGACGCCCGAAAAGGAGCACUUCAUCCGAGCUGAGAACAAGGAGAUCAUCAGCGG